CUACACUGCAAACAAAGAAAAUUCAUAAAUUCAUUUAAUAGUGUAAAAAAGGAUAUAUAUUUUCAAUUAUUCACCUUAGAGGAGUGUACAAAGAGACAGAAAGCAAAAAAUAACAAUAAAACCCAGAAAAUUCCACGCAGCAAUCAAGAGUAUACCGUAUAAGAUAUUCUAUAUAUUCACAUAUUCCCCGACGUUAUUGGUAUCCUCUUAAGGGCGAUUGUGUGAACGAAACCAAUCAAAACAUUUCACAGCGACCUUGACUUUACUGGAAGACAACGAAAAGGCAAAUCACUUUCACGCCGGCAACAGCCAUUCAAGGAGCCACAAAUUUACGACGCGCAAAUAUUGUUCUGUUGUUUUUGUUUUUCUCCAAAGGUCUUAAUUCUGCCGUAGCAGAAACUAAUUUUGUUUUUGCUGUGAAGCCCCAUAAAUCACUGUGGGGUGGUGGGCUCUAAGAACAAAAAUAACAAUAAACAAACGCAAAAUUAGCCACUCAUCCACACCCGCCUGCCAACCGCAGUUAGCCAGCCAACAACCAUCGGACAAGUAAUAGUGCUUUUACUUAUGUCCCAACAUUUAUUCCGUGGUCAUCGUUGUUGUUUUGUUUGGAAAAAUCAUUCAAAAUUGUGUUCGACUGGCAUUUGUGGACACGAUCCGCAACGACGGCUGCGGCUGACACAUCUACGGGAAUUCUUUGUCGAACGGGGGUUGCAGGUGCAGGAGGAGUUCAUUACUGGUUUGGGUUCUCAUCACAACAGCUAUUGACACUGACAAAAUAUUUGCAACAAUUGUGUAGGGCUUACGGUGGUGGUGGCGACAACAGCAACGACGAUACUAAACCAACCAGUACAAAAACAACGAAAAUGUCCUCCUCAACGGAGGACGAUGUCAAAGAUGAAGCGGAGGUUGCGGUACAUGUGCCAUUAAAAAUAAGAACUCAUUCCGUGGUGGGGAGCUCAUCGGAUUCGGAUGAUUACACCACCGAGGUGGCUGGUGCUCUGGUCGAUGUGGAAGGUUUUUGCUAUGCCGACUAUCGUCUUGAACAAUACGCCCACAGUGUAUUGGAUUUUAGUUCACAGUAUGGCAUAGAUUUGAGUAUUUCAUAUACUGCACCGAACAUAACAGGUAGACCAUCCAAGUAUCCCGAAUAUGGAGAUUUUCCCCAGACAUUUGCCAUGCGCACCUAUGGCGAUUGGUGGGAUAAGGCCCCCUCACGCCUCAAAGAAAUUCAUCCACAAAGUUUACCCGCCGUACCAUCCGAAGAUUUUAUAGUCCUUUAUUUUGAAGACUAUGUUAUACCCGAUGAAAUUGCUAUAUUUGAGACCUUUAAUCCCGGUGCAGUUAUACGCAUUUGGUCGUAUACAAUAACCAAGACCUGGAUAUGUUUGUGGGAGGAUACCGGAUUUUAUACAAGACCGCCGUGUACAGCGAAUAGGGCAAGACGUUUCUCACCGCCACUGAAAAGAAUACACCUUCCAACUAAAACUAUAAGACUGGAAUUCAAUCAUCAACGUCUUCAUUAUUAUACGGAAAUUGAUGCAGUUCUAAUGAGUGGUCGAAAGUUUAAUAUGGGAAAUCUCCAGACCCUGUUGGAUUUUCAUGAAAGACAGCGGAAAGGCUCCAUAUUAAGUAAAUUGCAAAACAUGAAAUUUCGUCCCAUAUGCAAGGAUAACUAUCAAACACGUCUGCAACAUUUUCUUGAUCAUGAUUUGGAUAAAUUCAUGUCAGCCGUUAACGAGGUUCAGAUUAAAACACCAGCUAAGAGUCAAGAUUCCACAAGAGUUUCCAAAGUGGAUCUAAAAGAUAUGCCGUUUGAUAUUGUUUUGAAAAUCUUCAGUUAUUUGGAUUUGAUUUCGUUGUUUCGUGUUGGCCUUGUCUCACGUUUCUUUUAUGAUGUCUCCACACAUCCUUUGUUGUAUAGUGAAAUUAAUUUAAAGCCCUACUGGCAUUUAGCCUCAACGGAAUUAAUAUCGACCCUGGCCAAAAGAGCCACCGUCUUGAAGAAAUUGGAUAUGUCAUGGUGUGGCUGUACCAUACAGACCGUUUCGCCAACGGAGUUUAAAAAAUUUAUACAACAACGCGGUGAUACGUUGACCCAUCUGCGUUUGAAUUCAUCAAAAUUUUUAAAUUCCAGUUGCAUAGAAACAAUUGGAAUUGUCUGUGAUAAUUUAAGAGAACUCUCCUUGCGAAACUGUUCCCUGAGUCCGCCAUUGUUGAAUUUUAGUUGUUUGGCAAAUUUGAAAAAUCUCGAUCGUUUGGACCUUUUCCAAACUGUUAUAGAGCAAGAUUUGCUGCUGACAAUGCUGGAGAGUAACCCAAAGUUAAAACAUUUAAAUUUAGCAUUUUGCAAUGUGGCUGUAAACAUGGACGAUGUCGCUGUACAUAUUUCCGAAUACAAUAAACAAUUGAUUUCGCUCGAUAUGUGGAAGGCACAUUAUCUGUCGGCUCACGGUCUAUUGGCUUUAUCCAAGUGUCAUGAUCUCGAAGAAGUUGAUUUUGGUUGGUGCUUACGUGAGGCUACCUUAGGCGAUAGUCUAAAGGAAUUUCUUAUAAAUUGCCCGAAAAUAAAGAAACUAUUUCUGGCAGCUGUACGAGGUCUAACCGAUCGUGAUCUAGAGGAUAUUGCUAAUCUAUGUCCCAACCUGGAACAGCUGGAUUUAAUGGGUGUUUUGGGUAUAUCCAAAGAAAGAUAUUACGAUAUCUUACAAAAAUGUAAAAAACUACAAUUAAUGGAUUUAAGUUUUUGCGAUAACAUAAUGGAUUAUGAGGUGGCCAUGUGGUCUCACAACUUCAAUGUGAAUAUCAAAUGUUGUCAUGUACCUAACGAUAUACGAUAAGAUAUCUAUUUAGAAUAAUAGUUUGUAACAAAAACGGAACCAGAUUCUAUAGUCAAAUUUUUAAAUGAAUACCAGGUAAUGAAAAUGAAGAAGCCUUUUACUGCAUACAUUUCUAGUUACUAUUUCUAGCAAAGCAAAGAGACAAAACUGUUGAAUGAAUGUAUAGAUAGUUAAUAAAUUAUAUAACAAAACCUCGAAA